CUGAGCGAUGUUCCAGGGGUCAGGGGUCGGGUUACCGUGGCACCUGGAGCAUGAGUGUGUCAGGACUGGAGUGUAUUAACUGGAAUUUCAGCUCACUCCGAGGGAAGAAGUUCAACGCCAGGAGACCAGAGGCAAACUCACUGGGACUGGGAAAUCACAACUACUGCAGGAAUCCAGAUGGAGACGCUAAACCCUGGUGUUACGUUUAUAAAAAGGCUCAGAUCUCAUGGGAGUUCUGCUCUUUACCGACCUGCAUAAUUGACCCCUAUCUAGAGUGCGCUCGGGGAUCCGGUCAGACCUACAGAGGGACAAAAGCCGUCACCCGCAGCGGUUUGAAGUGUCUGUCAUGGGAUUCACCUGCAGUGUCUCGAAAGAUCUACAACGCAUGGAGGUCCGACGCCAGAGAGAUCGGCAUCGGCAGCCACAACUUCUGCAG